UUGCUGUAGGGAAAAUGGUAGAGGUCGUACAUAAACUUAGCUGCGGAGUUUGCCGGUUGUCAAGCUUCAUAUACAGCCAGGGUCGACCGGUCUGCCCCGGCGAAGUUUCCGGAACUCGUUGCGCAAAGGUCAAUUUUAGUAGUAUUCGGAAUAAUGAUAAUUCAAAGAGUAAUGACAACGACAUUGAGCCAAAACGUAUACGGGCAGAACCCAAAAUAGAACUAAGCCGAGUGAGUAGUUAUCAGGUGAAUCAAAUUUGUCUUUACAACACUGAUUUGGAUGGAAACUCCUCCUGUUUCAUUGGAUUUCUUCAAACAAAGACUUUUCAAGGUUUUACUGCUUUCAGCUGUUUGUCAGCUGAACUGCUACCUAUCAGGAGGACUUCAUGGAGCAGAGACGUCAUUUCCGGCCAUCUUGCCAGCUGCAAGUCCCCCCAUCAGCGCAGAGCUUUCUGCACUGUCAUCUUCAUCCAAGUAACGCAGGAGUCAGAAAGACGACACUGUAGCUUAUUGUGCUUAUCUAAAUCAAGAAGCUACAGCAGGACAAGUGACACUAAAGAUGUCCCACUGUACAGAAACAGGACAGCCUACUAUGACAUCCUCAAAGUGUCCCCCAAUGCCACACAGUCCCAAAUCAAGACGGCCUACUACAAGCAGUGCCUGGUCUACCACCCUGAUAAAAACCCCGGGAACAAAGAGUCUAUCCAGCGCUUCUCUGAGAUCAGUGAGGCCUACACUGUGCUGGGCAACCACAACCUGAGGAGGAAAUACGACCGCGGCAUCCUGAGCAUGUCAGACGUCCAAGACGCGGGACGACCUACUUCCAAAGACAUCCCAAAAUCUAGGGGAUUCUCCCAAACUGGCCGGAGGCCUAUGUUUGAUUUUGACGCCUUUUAUCAGGCCCACUAUGGCGAGCAGCUGCAGAAAGAGCGAGAGAUGCGAGCCAGGAGGCAGCGUGCGGAGGAGAUGAGCAAGAAGAUGCACAAGCAGAGACAGAGCAACAUGAUAGAGUUCACCGCUGUGGCCAUGAUGAUUACGGCAGGACUUAUUGUCAUACAACUCUGCAACAAGCCAUGAAACAGAAGGACGUGUCAGGGCAUGGACUAGUGGACCCUUCUGGACUUGGGGCAUUUCAAAAUAAACUUAAAAGAGCUUAAAAAUAUGACUUCUAAUUUAUCUAAUUAGAUGCAAAAAAUAACUGAAAUGCAAAACAAGCAUGUUGUCCAUCUAAAGAUAGUACAAGUCAUGUUGUACAAUUAAUGUCAGUGAGUCCUGAUUUUUUUUUUUUUUGGCCCAAAUUUUGUUCCUUGAAUUUCCUAAAGAACAAGAACGGCAUGCAUAUGCUGGUGCAUUGUUAUUAAAACACAUCAAACAAAUAUUUAGUGUUCUAUGCAUUUUGUAAUGCAGAAGUUUGCUCUGUAGAGGGCACCUGAACAUAUCACAAUGACGUCACUCAUCGUCAUAUGUACAGUAUUACGUUUUAAUAUGCUGUACUGUAUAUAUACCUUUUAUUAACCACGGAGGACCACAAGACGCACAUGUUGUUCACAUUUUAUUCACAGAAAUAUAAAGUAGUAUGUCAAGUACGUCACUUUGUACAAAAUUGCACAGACUCUUCAAAACUCAACAGAAAAUCAACUUUUUUUUUCACCAAGUGUUAACAAAAUCAAGGGGAGACGUGAGCAAGAAUUGCACAGACUCUUCAAAACGUCGCCAGACAACAGAAAAUCAACUA